AACUUAAAGACGUAGAAAACGCACGAAGAAGAAGUCGGUGCAUCCCUGCAGCGUGUUUGUUGUUCUCUAUAUUUGCAUUUAUGAAGUUAUAAAUGACGAUCUGUAAACAUCGAAAGUGACAGAAGAAGAAGAGGAGCGUCUGAAUCACGUGUUGCAAACAUGAAGCUCAACAUCGAGGGACUGUUGGUGUACUUCCCCUACGACUACAUCUACCCGGAGCAGUACUCCUACAUGCUCGAGCUGAAGAGGACUCUGGACGCCCGGGGUCAUGGAGUCCUGGAGAUGCCAUCAGGAACCGGGAAGACAAUCUCUCUGCUCUCUCUCAUUGUUGCCUACCAAAAGGCCUCACCUUUGGAAGUGACCAAGCUGAUAUACUGCUCCAGAACUGUUCCAGAAAUUGAGAAGGUUGUGGAGGAGCUGCGGAAGUUGAUGGAGUAUUAUUCUAAGCAGACUGGUGAGAGCAACAACUUCAUGGCUCUCGCCCUCUCCUCCAGAAAAAACCUCUGCAUCCACCCCGAGGUUAGCGCUCUGCGCUUCGGUAAGGAGGUUGAUGGGAAGUGCCACACACUCACGGCCUCGUACAUCCGCGCACAGCGCCACAGCGACCCCGACGUGCCUGUGUGUCGCUUCUAUGAGGAUUUCGAUGCAGUCGGCCGGCAGGUGCCUCUCCCCGCCGGCAUCUACAACUUGGACGACCUGAAGGACUUCGGCAGGAGGAAAGGCUGGUGUCCUUAUUAUCUGGCGCGCUACUCGCUCCUGCAUGCCAACAUCGUGGUGUACAGUUACCACUACCUGCUGGACCCAAAGAUCGCUGACCUGGUGUCCAAAGAACUGGCCAAGAAGUCUGUGGUGGUGUUUGAUGAGGCCCACAACAUAGACAAUGUGUGCAUCGACUCGAUGAGUGUGAACAUCACCAGACGAACACUCGACCGCUGCCAGGGCAACGUGGACACGCUUCACAACGCCAUCCAAAAGAUAAAGGAGACUGAUGCUGAAAAAUUGAAGAUGGAGUACAGGCGUCUAGUAGAGGGGCUGAAGGAAGCCAAUGUUGCCAGGGAAACGGACGUCUACCUCGCGAAUCCUGUGUUACCCGAUGAGAUUCUUAAAGAGGCGGUCCCUGGUACCAUUCGCACAGCAGAGCAUUUUGUUGGCUUCCUGAAACGUUUCCUGGAGUAUCUGAAGUCCCGUCUGAGAGUCCAUCAUGUUGUGCAGGAGAGCACCCCGCAGUUCCUCAAGGACAUAUUUGACAAAGUCUGCAUCGACCGCAAGCCUCUGAGGUUCUGUUCAGAACGGUUACAGUCGUUACUGAGAACUCUGGAAAUCGCAGACAUCGCAGACUUCUCCGCUGUCACCCUGAUCUCUAAUUUUGCCACCCUGGUCAGCACAUACAGCCAAGGAUUUACCAUAAUCAUUGAGCCCUUCGAGGACAGAACUCCAACCAUCGCAAACCCCGUGCUGCACUUCAGUUGUAUGGACCCCUCUAUUGCCAUCAAACCUGUUUUUCAAAGAUUCCAGUCAGUGAUCAUCACCUCAGGGACUCUCUCUCCACUGGACAUCUAUCCCCGAAUCCUUGACUUCCGCCCCGUUACCAUGGCGUCCUUCACCAUGACGCUGGCACGGACCUGCCUCUGUCCUCUAAUUGUUGGGAGGGGAAAUGAUCAAGUGGCCUUGAGCUCAAAGUUUGAGACCAGAGAAGACUUUGCUGUGAUUCGUAACUAUGGCAACCUACUCCUAGAGAUGUCUGCGAUAGUUCCCGACGGCAUCGUGGCGUUCUUCACCAGCUACGUGUACAUGGAGAACAUAGUGGCAUCUUGGUAUGAGCAGGGCAUCCUGGAGAACAUCCAGAGAAACAAGCUGAUCUUCAUCGAGACUCCGGACGCUGCAGAGACCAGCAUGGCCCUGGAGAAGUACCAGGAGGCAUGUGAGAACGGCAGAGGAGCCAUCCUCCUGUCUGUGGCCCGGGGGAAGGUCUCUGAAGGAAUAGACUUUGUGCACCAUUUUGGCCGAGCGGUCAUCAUGUUUGGAGUUCCGUAUGUUUACACCCAGAGUCGCAUCCUCAAGGCUCGUCUGGAGUACCUCCGCGAUCAGUUUCAGAUCAGAGAGAACGACUUUCUCACGUUUGACGCCAUGCGUCACGCCGCCCAGUGUGUGGGCAGAGUCAUCCGAGGCAAGACCGACUACGGCAUCAUGAUCUUUGCCGAUAAGCGUUACGCCCGUGCAGACAAGCGGGGGAAGCUGCCUCGCUGGAUUCAGGAACACAUCAACGACGGCAGUCUGAACCUCACCGUGGACGAGACGGUGCAGCUCUCCAAGCACUUUCUGCGACAGAUGGCGCAGCCUUUCAGACAAGAGGACCAGCUGGGCCUCUCGCUGUUGACUCUCGAGCAGCUGGAGUCAGAAGAGAUGCUAAAGAAAAUUAGUCAGAUCGCUCACCAGACCUGACAGAUUGUUCCUUUCGACGCAUAUCGUACACAAGACGAGCAAUAUUAAAGAACUUGUGGAUCAACAUGUUGCAUCUGUCAUACAGAGAAGACUAAUGUUUGUUUUGCCACUGUACAGUCACAUUUUAUACUGAACUUGAAUAAUCUGUUCAAAUAUAAAUGUUUGAGUUGGUGAGUUAACUUGUUUUUCAUUGUCUCUCAAUCCUGCCUAAAGCAAAUACAUGAAUAAAUAAAUAAUCUGACUAUAUGCUAUCCAAGCAGAGUUAAAGAAGCAGCCCUUAUAGAUAAAUAAACAUUCCCAGACUAACA